UCAUUUGACAAAAUUUGCGUGGUAUAUUAUCUGGUUGAUCAUAAAUGCCGCUGUUUUUGUCAACAAACAACUUUAUUUGCACUUGUUUCAGUUAGUUUCAAGAGCGCAUGCGCAUUUUUAUUCUGUCUACUCGUCCACCGGUUUACUCAAUUUACAUUUUUUUAACAUUGUUACGGAAGUGAAGAAGUCAUAAUGGAAACUGAGGCAAAGCCAAAAGAAGCUGAACCACUUGGUGAAAAUGCUGAAAAAGUGGACACAGAAACACACACAGAUGCAGGAAACGCCACAACUCAGGACUCUAGUAUUAGCAAUGGGGACGACGCAGACGACAAGCAGGAGAUGGUGGACUUGAAGAUUAUCUGGAACAAGAAUAAAUAUGAUCUGAAAAUUCCUGUUGAUAACACCGGAGCCAAACUAAAAGAGAGCAUCUAUUCUCUCACAGGUCUUCCACCAGCAAUGCAGAAAGUGAUGUACAAAGGCUUGCUUCCAGAGGACAAGACGCUACGUGAAAUAAAGAUUACAAAUGGUGCAAAAAUAAUGGUGGUAGGAUCUACAAUCAAUGAUGUAUUAGCUGUGAAUACACCCAAAGAGGUCAUUCAGCAGGAAGUUAAAGCUGAAGAAAACAAGAAGGAGCCUUUAUGCAGGCAAAAGCAACACAGGAAAGUCUUGGACAAAGGUAAACCAGAUGACAUAAUGCCAGCUAUUAAAGGAACAAAGGAACGAUUACCAACAGUGCCUUUAGCCGGAAUGUUUAACAAGUCCGGAGGAAAAGUUAGACUCACAUUCAAACUGGAGCAAGAUCAGUUGUGGAUCGGAACAAAGGAGAGAACGGAGAAAGUCCCAAUGGGCUCCAUUAAAAACGUAGUGUCUGAACCCAUCGAAGGCCAUGAGGACUAUCAUAUGAUGGCUUUUCAGUUGGGUCCAACAGAAGCUUCUCAGUAUUGGGUCUACUGGGUGCCUGCACAGUUUGUCGAUGCAAUCAAAGACACAGUCCUUGGAAAAUGGCAGUAUUUCUAAUGUGCCUCUUUUUUUGAUGAUGAACUUCGGAUUGAGAGGAGGAGCCCAUGAAAAAUGAAACUGGAGUCAACGGUGAGGCUUAAGGAGCUUCUUGGAAUAUGUCGGAGGGAAACGGACAGAUGCCUGUGGACUAAUCAUAUUGUUUUUAGGUUUAAAGUGCACUAUGUGGCAGCAUAACAUUUCUCAGCCCUGUUGAUCAUUCAAGGUUUUCAGCAAAACCAAGGGAAAAUGAUGAAACAAUUGUACAGAAAUUGCUAACACUUUUCUUCAGUUAUUCUUAAAGAAAUAAAACUUAUUUAAUGAAAGGAAUGCAAUGGGCCAUUGUUGUUUGUAUCCACCCAAACUUUGCAUGUAUUUUUGAUUGGACAAAGCAGGUCUUCCCAGUUUCUUCUUGCAAUACUGCUUAAACUCUGUCUCGUGUAGUUUCAGGUUCUGCCAUGGAUGAGAUUGAGGUCUGGACUUGGCCGUCCCCAAAACU